GGAGCCCGGAAGUGUGUGUGAUCCUCAGCAUUAUUUCACACCAAUGAAACCAUUUAAACAGCUUGAGAAAUUAAAGAAUAUAUUUACAUCGCUUUAUUCCUUAUCCGAGAAUUAAACCCGGUGGAUAAAGAUUGAUUUUGGAGGCGGCUUCAGGCUGUGGAUGCCUUUGAGUUCAAUCCCAACUGGGUCUGAGAGGAUGUCAUUGUGAGGGACGCUCUGUGUGGAGAGAAUGCAGUCUUCAGGGCACCGGUUGAGGGAUGUGGAGCAGCACCAGCCUCUGCUCAACGGAGGAGAGGAGGAGGUGGCAUCCGGACGCGUCUGGUUCAUCCAGGAUAGCUGUGGAAUGGUGUGCGCCUUCGUGACCUGGUUUCUGGUGAUGUACGCAGAAUUUGUGGUGAAUUUUGUCAUGCUGCUCCCCUCCAAAAGCUUCUGGUACUCUCUCAUCAACGGCGUGGCGUUUAACUUUCUGGCUGUGUUGGCGUUGACGUCACACCUGCGAACCAUGCUGACAGAUCCGGGAGCUGUUCCCAAAGGUAAUGCCACUAAAGAAUACAUGGAAAGUCUGCAGCUGAAGCCUGGAGAGGUGAUCUACAAAUGUCCAAAAUGCUGCAGCAUUAAACCAGAGCGAGCACACCACUGCAGUAUCUGUAAGAGAUGUAUCAGGAAGAUGGAUCAUCACUGUCCCUGGGUCAACAAUUGUGUGGGCGAGAACAAUCAGAGAUUCUUUGUCCUCUUUACUAUGUACAUAGCCUCCAUCUCUUUGCAUGCACUCUGUCUUAGCGGUUUCCACUUCUUCACCUGUGUUAAAGUUCAGUGGAAUGAGUGCAGUGAUUUCUCUCCACCUGUGGCAGUGAUGCUGAUGAUAUUCCUCUGUCUUGAAGCACUGCUGUUUCUCACCUUCACCGCUGUCAUGUUCGGCACUCAGAUUCACUCCAUAUGUAACGAUGAGACGGAAAUCGAGCGGUUAAAGAAUGAAAAGCCCACAUGGGAGCGGCGAGUGCGAUGGGAAGGGAUGAAGGCUGUUUUCGGCAGCCCACCCUCUCUGCUGUGGUUCAAUCCUUUUGCUGGACUCCGCCUCCAGCACCUGCUGAUGGUCCGUGCUUGGAAGGGCGGGGCCGAGUUCUCUGUUUGAAGAAGAAUGCUGUCUAUACUGGCAUGACCGUCUACUUUCAUGCCUAUAACCCUCUCACACAAGACAUGAGACUUCUACCUUAAUGCUGGUGCAGGUUUGGAGGUACUGCAAUGAAAACCUAAUAAUAACUGAUGUCGCCCCUGGAACAAAGAGGCUACGACUCGAUACAGCCCGUCUGUGUCCACAUUAUUACCUCGUAAAGCAGAUCACAAUUGUUAUGCUCGUUUUGUCUUCAUGAAUGAUCACACUCAUGGGUUUGAUUUAUUUUUAAGUGCACAAUCUUUUUUUUUUGUUUUAGUUUUUUUUAGCAAAACAAACUUUAUGGAAAUGUAAACGUUGAAAUAUUUGAAGGGGGUCUAUAUCCGUUAUUUAGCCUAAAGUAGUUGCAACUUGCUAUUUAAAUAGAGCUCCUGUGUGACAAAUAUCACGUUUAAUUCGGUUAACAAGCAGUGAUUAUUUAAACAAAAACAGAUCAUUAACUAAACUGAAAUUUGUAGAGGAAUGUGUGUUGCCAAAAACAGUUCUUGGGUGAGUUUCAUGAAAAAGUCCGGCUCAUAUUUCAGCCCAGAAUCUAAAGAAAAAAUAAGACAUUAUAUUAACAAAGAAAACAAAACCUAUUUUUAGGACGCUUAGGAUUGUUUUCAUUGUGAUAUGUUCAACGCAUUAAAAAUAUUUACGCAAUGAAUCGCAUGCCCACGGACCAUUCCUGGAAGAUUCCUGAGAAAUGCAAGCUUGUAGUACCACCUGUUUAAUCCAGAGGGCAGUAAUUGAAAUUUCAGCUGUAUGAGCAACACACAGUUUAUACAGUGAACAACCAUCCAGCAGCAACAAAACAAACAUGCGUUACGUUCUUGCGUUCAAAACACUUGAUGGAGCGCAAAUGCGAACUAAAUGAUCUCAAGAUGUGUUUAAGGAGUAUUAAACUAUAUUUAACUUGACACAGUGACCUAAACAUUUUAAGUUUAUGAUGCAACACACCCGAGACGCUACACAAGCAUGUCUGACGCAGGUGUAGAUUGACGGGCUCUUAAACAAGCCCUCAUAAUAAAUCUCCAACUGAUUGAUAAAGUCACUUGUGACAUGGAUUGCUGUGAACUGUGUGCCAAUGAUCGACUUAUGAUCAAUAAUAUGGUAGUAAACAAUACAUUGUAUUCUAAAGCCGCUUUUUUUAUCGUCUUAUCAAUGAUUAACUCUUCUGCCACAAGAAUGUAAUGCAUUUUAAGUAUCUGAAUAUUUAUAUAUAUAUUCUAUACAUAUCUAUAUGUAUAUAUAUAUUUCAAGCUUUCUUCAGCAGAACACAAAUGAAGAAUAAAAAAAGUUCAGAAUAAAAGUCCAUAUGACUCCAGUGGUUUAAUGUAUCCAGAAGUGAUUUGAUAGGUGUUUGUGAGAAACAGAUCAAUAUUUAAGUAAAUUUUUACUAUAAAUUAUCCCUGCUCAGUCAACCUUCAAUUUAUCUUUCACAUUCUUCAUGCGUACUCCCCCUACUGGGCAGGAAGAAUAAUUUCUUGCAAAAAAGGACUUCAAUAUUGAUCUGUUUCUCACCCACACCUAUCAUAACACUUCUGAAGACAUAGAUUCAACCACUGGAGGCUUAUGAAUUACUUUUAUGCUGCCUUUAUGUGCUUUUUUGAGCUUCAAAGUUCUGGUCACCAUUCACUUGCAUUGUAUGGACCUACAGAGCUGAAAUAUUCUCUAACAUUCAUUUGUGUUCAGCAGAAGAAUGUUAGUCACACAUCUGGGAUGGCGUGAGAGUGAGUAAAUGAUGAGAGAAUUUUCAUUUUUGGGUGAACUCUCCCUUUAAUGAGAGUGAGACAUUUUGGCGAGAAAAUGAGUUAAUGCACACAAUCUUAAUGGUCCUAAAAAUACAAAAUACAUUACAAAAUGCUAGUCAUAAAUAAAUAAAUAAACAAUGCAAAAUAUAAUUUCUUAUUUUUGUCUUUUGAGUUUGGGGUUAAAUUCAACCCGGGCAUGUCUUUGGUAAAUUCACCCUCUUAGGUGUUAAGAGUUUGCAGCUAGUUUUGGCUGACUUCAUCUUAUCUUUAGCACAUAACCUCAAUAAUGAAGUCAUUUUAAAAUCAUAUUGUCUUCAUAUUGUAGAGAGAGUUAUAGCCUCAUUCCGUAAUCUGGAAAUUAAUGCCAUGUUCUGUGAGAUAAAGACAAAUCAAACUUUGAUAAACAUGAAGGAUGUCCUUUGUGCACAUGAAGCCCAAAGGUACUGAGCCAGGAACUCUUAAUUAACAUGUAGCUUAUAAAUGAAACACAAUGCAGUGAAAUGAGGUGAUACGCAGGCACGUUACUCUGUAUAUCCCUCCAAACUUAGACCCGUGAGCUCAUUAUUAGAGAAUAAAUGAUGCUGCACAUUCAGAGGCUGACUAUCAUGUUUUGUUUUAUGCUGUUUCUUGUGACUGCUUUUAUAUGUGACCAAUUAUUUUCAAAGCUGGGACUCGUUUGGCAGGGUUGACACGACACGUGUAGAGUUGCAUCGAUCGCACUGUGUGAAUCUCACGAAGCCAGUCAAGAACAUGUGCAGGUCAUAUUUCACCAUAAAUUCAAAAGAAAACAAAUCAAAGAAAUUUUUAUGCAUUAAGAUAAUUGAGUGUAGUUUUAGAACUAAGAACGUUUUUGCAUUGUGACAUCAUUUUCAAGACAAGCACAUUUACCAACCGAAAUUCUCUUUAAUGCAGCGUGCAAUAAAUUAUUACAAUUUUUUAUCUGAUAAUCAAUUUGUCCUAUUUUGUCGCAAAUAAAAAUGUAUAAAUUAUAAAUGUGAGUUCAAACAGGAUGAUUUGCAUUGCUGUAUUACUAAUUAGUUAAUCAGAAUAAUCAUUUAGAAUAAUGAAAAUGGCAAAAACAAAAAUUCAAAUGAAAUUUUAAAUUUUUUUGCUUUGAUUUGGGGGUCAAAUAUGAAAAUGUUCUUGAUAUGUUUUAGAGAUCCACCCUACUAACUGGUUUGAUUAAACUAUUUUUUUAUUCCCAAUCAGUACAUUUUAGUAAUAAAUUGACAUAGAAGAAAAAUAAUAUCAGUGCAUGAGAAUUAAAUCACUUGAGUACGUGCAAGCACGAGCGAGUGAGUGUUACGUUAACAAUGCUGGUUGUCGUGUAGUUUUAAGCAUUGAUUUAAAUGUCUGAUGACCGUCAUCCUUGUAUAAUGGCCAGUCAAAACAACCCCAACUGUGUGUUCAACACCAAUAACCAAAUAUGACUAAAGAUAAACAGAAAUGGAAAGUCUGAGCCAGUACCGACAAUUGAUAUUUCCAUAAAUCUAAUAAAACUGCAUAACUGGAAAGACUGUGUCCCAAUUUGACGUAUGACUCUGCCAUAAAUAUCAGUAUAAUUCCAGCAUUUUAUUUAUAUUAAAGUUAUUUUUGUGUGCCAAUUUUAUUAUCUAUUCUUACAACUGGCAUUGAAAACCCUUAUUAUACACAUUCCCUAAAGAUAUCUUAUCAUUACGAGGGUUGUGGCGUAUAACUGGCUUUUUAUACCGUAUGAUGGAACUCUGAACUGGAAUGACGGAGUAAUUUAUUAUAUUUCAUGAAAUGUUUUGUGAGCAUUUUUCUGUAAAGGGAAUGUGUACUAAAUGCAGUACCUGAAGAUUAUGUUUAGAAUUUGAUAAGAGAAGACUUGCCUUUUAUCAGCACAUCCUUAAGAUUGUAUCUCAUGCUUUUUGUACGUUGGUUUAAAUGGGUAGAAGAGGGACAAUUAUGUUAUUUGCAUCAGAUCUGUUUUGCAAUAUGUACUACUACUACUACCACAGUAUUCGCCUGACCUCAACUCUUGUUUAUAAAAUACACUUAAGACUUGUAAUUCUAGAUAUUACUUGACUGUAAAAACUUAGGGAAAUGUUUUUUUUUUUUUUUUUUACCAUUUAUUACCACGAAGAGCCUCAAAAGAAUGAUAUUAGUGCAGGUUAUUUUAAAUCCCUUGAACUUCCAACAAAUGAUAAUCCCAUGAUCAGUGUGGUGCCUGUAGCUAUCAUUUUACCAACAGAAGUUCAUCUGGAAUAUUUGUUUCCACAUUUCCACAAUGUAAUUCUACAGGGUUCACUCACUAGGAUGUGGGUUAUUGAUCUAAAUAUAGCUUCAAGCUCACUAUAUCUGUGUCUGAAGUUGGCAUGGGAACAGGGUUUGCAGCCGGAAAGCAAAGAUUAUAAAACUAUGUCUGUAAUAAAUAGUGUAAACCAAUAUUAUUUAGAUACUUUCAUGAAGUGUCAUACAUGUAUGAUGUUCUUUUACAUAAUAAAGUCAUUAGAUUGGAAAGCUUCUGAAGGCUUGUUUAUAAAUCUCGGCUGUCUGAUAUGAAAUAAAAUGGUGUGAAGAUAGUUUUAUUGAAUACAGCACAACAGUAUCACUUGUUCUUUGCAUUAUACGGUCAGUGUUUUUGGUGAUGUAUUAUUUGACAACACAAAUCACUUGUUGAUUAUAAAAUUGAAAUGCAACAUCCACAACUGUUCCAUCAUUUGAUAGAGAUUAUACUCGCAAAGAACAAUUUAUAGGCGAUGAUGCAUUUUAGAGCCGAGCAUAUCUAGCAAAAAACGAUCACAAUAAAAAUGUCUUUGAAGUUUCGAGAUUUAAAAAUCCAUGAUUUGGACAGAAAAUCACCCAAAAAAACUUUUUUUUAAAUAAUCCUCGCAAACACAUUUAUUAAACACUACGAAACUGACUGGUUUUGGUUUGUUCUGCACUCAAAAAAUAUUCGGCAACACUGAAGCCCAUAUUUAUAAUGCAUUAGUAAUGUCUCAUAACACACCUUAUAAUAUGUUAUAACUUCAGUUAUAAUACAUUAUAAUACUUACCUAUUCAUAGUUAUACUUCAGAGUAUAAUGCAUUAUAACACAAGCAACAUCAAAGUUAUGAUGCAUGAUAUACUGUAUAUUUGUAAUAUAUAAAUAUUAGGUAUGCUUUAAGUAAAGUGACAGAAGCAAUGUCGUCUUAUAAACAUCUAUAAGAUCAUUUAAAGUGGUUCUAAGACAUAAACAUUACACAUGUUGAUCAGACAUGUAGCCAAUCUUCUUGGGUGUAAACACAAAUAAAUACAUUAAUUCAUAAUUAAAUUAAACUGAUUCUAUACUGGACUCUAUUCAAUAAACUUGAAUGUUUGUGCAUCUUAUUUGGAGACUUAUUUUAUUAUUGUAUUGUAUUUACAAGUCUAUGUUAUGGCUGUUUAUAUGAAGAUAUUGCUUUUGUAACUUUACUUAAAGCAGGCAAAUACCACUUAUAAUAUGAUUAUAAAGCCAGUUUACACUAUACAGCACUUUAUGAUUAACUUUAUUCACUUCUGCUGCAUUCAAAUUGGAUGUUGCUUGUGUUAUAAUGCAUUAUAAUCUAAAGUAAACUAUGAAGGUGAUACUAUAGGGGAUGUCUUACUGUAUAUUGCAUUAUAACUGUAGUUAUAAUUAUUUAUGAGAAGUUAUAUCUUAUUAUAAGGUGUAUUAUGAGACAUUAUUAAUGCAGUUUAAUGCCUUUACAAUGCAUUAAAAAUAUGGGGUUUAUAGAAAGUGUUACCAAAUAAUGUAUACUAUUUCCAAGAUUUACAAAUUAAAAUUUCAUAACCAAUUUCCAUCAUAUUACGUUCUGCAAUUUUUUACGAAAUUAAAUCAA